GCGGGCUCCGACCCCCGUGGCACCCCUCUUGGCGUGCCGUACCGUGCUCAUUCCCGGUUAGGUGCGCCUGCCCUGGGCCCUUGGGCCGGACCUUUGCCGUCUGACCUCUCCCGGGGGCAGAUCAGAAGGUCUCCCCGCCUACGUUUGGGGCCGGGCGGGCAGGCGGGGCCCCAGCGAGGUGCCAACCCUGCUCUAGCAGCGCCAGCUUGGAAGCAGCCCGAGGCUCGACCUGCCCCUGCCCCGCCUGAUCCAUCCUGAAGAUGGCACCCCUGAUGGCUGCAGUGACUGGACCCCGCACUUGGUUAUUUGCCAGCCUCCAGCGACUGGGCACCUCACAGGUUGGUCCACGGCAGCUGCACACCGGGGCCUGUUUGGCAUCUAAGAACUACUAUGAGAUGUUGGUGCUUGGUGGAGGCAGUGGGGGGAUCACCAUGGCUGCCCGCAUGAAGAACAAAGUGGGCGCUGACAAUAUAGCCAUCGUUGAGCCCAGCGAGCAACAUUUCUACCAGCCAAUCUGGACACUCGUGGGUGCAGGUGCCAAGCAGUUAUCCUCAUCCGGCCGUCCCACAGCCAGCGUGAUUCCAUCAGGUAUUGAGUGGAUCAAGGAUAGAGUGAUUGAGUUCAACCCAGACAAGAACUGUAUCCGCACAGACACUGGCAAGGAGAUCUCCUACAGAUACCUUAUUAUUGCUCUGGGAAUCCAGCUGGACUAUGAGAAGAUUAAAGGUCUCCCUGAAGGGUUUGAUCACCCCAAAAUAGGGUCCAAUUAUUCCUUCAAGACAGUGGAGAAGACGUGGAAAGCUCUGCAGGACUUCAAGGAAGGCAAUGCCAUCUUUACUUUCCCCAAUACACCCAUAAAGUGUGCUGGAGCUCCACAGAAGAUCAUGUAUUUAUCAGAAGACUAUUUCCGCAAGACAGGGAAGCGUGCCAAGGCCAAUAUCAUUUUCAACACUUCCCUUGGAGCCAUUUUUGCAGUGAAGAAGUAUGCAGAUGCCUUACAAGAGGUCAUCCGGGACAGGAACCUCACUGUGAACUACAAGCAAAACCUUAUAGAAGUCCGAGCUGAUAGACAAGAGGCUGUUUUUGAAAAUUUGGACAAACCUGGAGAGACCCAAGUAAUUUCAUAUGAAAUGCUUCAUGUUACCCCACCGAUGAGCUCACCGAAUGUUCUCAAGAAUAGCCCAGUGGUGGAUGCUGCUGGUUGGGUGGAUGUAGAUAAAGAAACUCUGCAGCACAAGAAAUUCCCAAAUGUAUUUGGGAUCGGGGACUGUACAAAUCUUCCAACAUCUAAGACGGCUGCUGCAGUAGCUGCCCAGUCAGGAAUUCUUGACAGAACAAUUUCUCUGAUUAUGAAGAACAAAUUGCCAACAAAGAAGUAUGAUGGCUAUACAUCAUGUCCUCUGGUGACUGCCUACAACCGGGUGAUUCUUGCAGAGUUUGACUACAAUGCUCAGCCCUUGGAAACCUUCCCCUUCGACCAGAGCAAAGAGCGCCUGUCCAUGUACAUUCUGAAGGCUGACCUGAUGCCCUUCUUGUAUUGGAAUCUGAUGCUAAAGGGCUACUGGGGUGGACCUGCCUUUUUGCGGAAGCUUUUCCAUCUGGGGAAGAGUUGAGGAGGGCUCUCUCUCUGCUCUCCUCCCAUGGCUUCUGGCUCCAAAUCACAGUGAUUGGAGGACUAGGAGCUGCUUGAGGAACUUGAGCCGUAACCCCUUGAGGAAUUCACCACUGGAAGAUGGGGAUCCGCAUGCCUCUUUAGUCUACAUGUCUGGAACAGGCCUGGGAGUGGAGAGGGGGCUGCCCAAGGUGAACCUGAUUCUUUGGGGAACGAAUGAAUAAAUUUCUAUUUUUUAAAUAAAA